AUGUGUGAAGAUUUACCCAAAUCUUUGUUGCCGCUGCUAGCGCUGCUGUUGCAGUCGCUUUUAUUGUUGCCCGCCGCGUUGACUGCCGCGCCGGGCAGAGAAAGCGUCGUCGGACAGCAGCCGGCGCCGCAGCGUGUGCAUUAUCCGGCUGGUGUGGAUUUCUUUGAGCAUGAGUUCAGCAGCCUGGCGGCAGCUCUAGCUCUUCUUGCAGACGAGUUCGAUCCGUUCGGGCCGGAUAUCGGUGAUGAUGAUCUGGGCAUUGACGAUCCGGAGACCAUGCCACGCUUGUUCCAGGGCGACAUUGCCAUCGAUCCCUAUACGUACAUCACGCUGCGUCUGGGCGUGAAUCCCAUGCGACAUCCGAAGCGCUUGUGGCCCAACGGUACCAUACCCUUUGCGAUUAGCCCGCGCUACGAGAGCAGGGAGCGACAGUCUAUUAUGCAUGCUUUGUGGACAUUCAAUUCGCUCACCUGCAUCCGGUUUGUGCCGCACGAUGGUUAUGUGGAGGAUUAUCUGCUGAUUGAGCCGCCCGAGGAGGGGCCGCAGGGCUGCUGGUCGUAUGUGGGCAAGCGGGGCGGGGAGCAGGUUGUCGCGCUGCAGCGGCCCGACGAGACAAGCGCCCACUGCUUCAGCAGCGAGGGACGCAUCAUGCACGAGCUAAUGCAUGCGAUUGGCAUCUACCACGAGCAAUCGCGCGCGGAUCGGGACAACUUUGUGAAGAUCCACUGGGACAAUAUUGUGCCGCGUUUUCGUAAGAAUUUUAAGCUCGUCUCGCGCAAGCGCGGCAAAUACGCCUUUGACUACGAUUACAACUCGGUAAUGCAUUACGGCGAGUACUAUUUUAGCAAAAAGAAGGGUCAAAAGCCGACGAUGACGCCGCUGCAGCCGGGCGUCCGAAUUGGCCAGAGGAAGACGAUCAGCCAAAUUGAUUGCCUCAAGAUAAACGAUUUGUACGGUUGUCUGAAGGGUCGGCGUGCCAAAAUGUAUAGGGCGUUUUGUAGUUUGUUAGGUUUGUAGUUGUUGCACUAAUUGUAUUUUUAUUUGAAUCACAUUGAUUUGCUAAUUUAAUAAAUUAUACACAUUGCGAAAUUGCACGCGGUUUUACUGUUUUCAAA